AUCUGUUGCGGCGCUACAGGGCGCCACAGUGCUAGCACACGCUGCGCUUGGACGCACGGGCACCGCUGCAAAGCCGUCGACGCAGCGCUGCGACGCAUAAGCCGCCGCGACCCUCCCAAAAAGCCAAAUUCCUAGGCCAGGCGCAUAACAGGCAACUCCGCGGGACGCCGCGCUACUCAUUUGACGACCAUGGCCCAACUCCUGGAAAAACCGAAGCCCCAGCGCCGCCAAUCCACACAAGAUAGGUUCACGGAGCUAGGGCAGAAGGACCCCGUCGACCAGUGCGAGUUCUUCCUCAAGAGCUUUAUCUUUGCGUUAGGAGAUCAGUGGCAGGACGUGCCGCGACUCUGCACCGAGUUCCAGAAGCACGCCAAGAACACGGGCGAUUCCAGUCAAAACAUGAACCACAUUCAAGCCGCGGAUUUCUUGCAAAAGCACGGGAAAACGAGAACCGGCAUCCAGCGGAAGCACGAGGUCGAAGACGUGGACAUUAACUCCGAUGGUCGUAUAUCGUUCAUAGAAUAUCUGAUCUUGCACUACAAGGCCAUGAUUUUAGGAGAAUACUACAAGAGACAUGAGAAGGAGCCCUUGGAGGACCUGUCGUUAGAUGGCGUGGGCAUUACGGAAGUCGGCGCGAAAUUGCUCGAGGAGUUAUUUAGUAUGCCUGCCGGUUUGUCGCCGCAGCUCGAGGAAGCCCUGGAGACGUUCGCCGCGGAGAAGAAAGCUCGCCAGAAGAAGGUCGACGAACUCACGGCGAAGGCCGAGGCCGGCGGCGUCAAGGGCAUGGCCGCGCGGCAAGAACUGCGCAUCCUCGAGUCCGGCGACGAGACCGAGACGAACAAAUUGGAACUCACCCUGGCCGCCGCGAAGCGCAAGGCCCAGAAGACGAGUGGUGCCGAGGCCGUCAAGAAUCUCAAGGAGGAGAAGGAGAAGGCGGCCAAGGCCGACGCGGACGCUAGAAGGGCGAAGAUGAAGGCGCGCGCGGCGAUGUUCGACAAGGGCGGGGCGGUGGCGCCGAAGGCGUAA